AUGUCGACGGAUCGUCCUCCAGGCAAGGAGCAGGCGUCGGCAUCCGCCUCGUCUCCCCGACAGGCGAGAUUCUCGAGCAAUCGAUCAAACUCGGUUUCCCAGCGUCCAACAACGAAGCCGAAUAUGAAGCGAUUAUUGCCGGACUUCCGUCUCGCCGAAGCAGUCGGAGCAGAACACGUUCGUGCGUUCUGUGACUCUCAGCUCGUCGCUAAACAAUUCAGCGGUGACUACGACACGAAAGACGAUCGCAUGGAUGCGUAUCUCAAACAAACGCAAAGACUUGCCAAAGCAUUCAAGACGUUCGAGUUGACAAAGAUCCCCCGUUCCGAGAAUUCCGAAGCCGACGCACUCGCAGCCUUGGCGUCAAAAACCGAAUCAGCACUGCGACGGGUCAUCCCGGUCGAAACCAUCGACGAACCAAGCAUCAAACUCCCCAAGGGAACCGUCGAUGAAAUCAGAAAUUACCUCAUCAACGACGCCGUGCCAGAGGAGCGAUGGGCGGCCCGCCGCCUCCGACGAAAAGCAGCUUACUACUUCUUACGCAACAACGAGCUUUUUCGCUGGAGCGCAAACAAAGUCAUCCUGCGAUGCUGCGACGAAGCACAAGCUAAGAGCAUCAUGGUCGAGACCCACGAGGGAGCAUCAGGAAACCACGCCGGCGGAAGAUCACUCGCUUUAAAAAUUAAGAAGAUCGGAUACUUCUGGCCAACGAUGAUCGGCGAUUGCAUAAACGUCGCCGCCAAAUGCGUCCCCUGCCAAAGAUACGCACCGGCGAUCAACGCCCCAACGCAAGCACUUCAAGCUGCGAUCCCGGCAUAUCCCUUUAUGCGCUGGGGAAUGGAUAUCGUCGGCCCCAUGCCACGCUCACGGCAAUGCGCUUACCUCUUGGUCGUCACCGACUACUUUACUAAGUGGGUAGAAGCAAAAGCGUACAAAAACCCAACGGCUCAUGACGUAAGAAACUUUGUGUGGCAGUAUAUCAUAUGCCGUCACGGUCUUCCUUAUGAGAUCGUCACGGACAACGGAGGACAAUUCGUCGCAGCAACUUUCCGAGAAUUUUGCGCAUCGUGGAACAUCAAGAUCACUUACUCCACGCCAAGAUAUCCUCAAGCUAAUGGACAAGCCGAGUCCACAAACAAAACUAUUGUUGAUGGAUUGAAAAAAAGGCUUGAAGGCUACCAAGGAGCUUGGGCGGACGAAUUGGAUGGAGUGCUCUGGUCGCAUCGAACCACCCCAGAACCGCAUCCGGGGAAACCCCAUUCUCUUUGUCGCACGGUUGCGAAGCACUAG